GGGUUUACAUUGGGCAACGACGGUACUGUUCGAUUGAACGAAGAUGACGAUCGGGACCAAGCGUCCAAUAAAUUUAAGCAAAAUGCCGUUUCAUUGACGUUUGACAAAAUGAAGGAAAUCCAAGAUUAUUAUACCAGAGAAGAAGCUGAUGUUGCAUUCAAGAAGCCUAAGAGUAAGAAAAAGAAGAAAGUUAGAAAGACGACUGUAAAUGAUGAUUUCACGGAAGGAAACGAAAAUCCUAAUGCAAUGGAGAUAGAGUCAACAUCUUCAUUGACCUCCUCUAAUCAAAGGAGAAAGAAAGUGGAGGAUCUUGAUGAAAUGAGUUUUGUUGAUGAUGACGAUCUUCAGCAAGCUCUAGCCAGAGCAAGAAAUAUGGCCGCCAAAAAAGUAAACAAGAGUUCAGUUGAAGAAAUAGCCAAGAUUUUGUCGCAGGUCAGAGAUGCAUCCGAUGAAGACGAAGAACCUUCCGGAGAAGGAUUGGUGAUCUCCGAUACAUCGGAAUUUGUCCGGUCAUUAUCCGUGGCCCCAUCAAUAGCAAGAUCCGUCGAAACCGAUAGUUUGACACCUGCUUCAAAGGUCGUUGACCGAAAAGAAGAAUUUGAGGAUACUGUUGAUGUUAAAAUGGAGGAUGCUAUUGAUGAAGACAAAAAAGGUGGCUGGGAAGUCGAAAGUGCAAUGGAAAAUCAAGAUACAAUACAUAUCAAGGAGGAACCGAAGCUUACCGGUGUGGUAGAAGAAGAACCACUGGUAAGCAGUGGAAUGGCAGCGACACUGGCCCUUUUACAGCAAAAAGGAUUUUCUAUAAAGCCGUCUGAAGAACAGCUUGAAAAGGAGCGCAUACAGAAGGACAGGCAAAAGUGGCUUGCUGAACAACGCAGGAAAGACCUUGAGAGACAAACCGAAAGAGAGCGUGAAAAGCAACGCGCUAAAGAAAAAGGUUAUCGUGGUGGAGGUGGUCGGGAUAACGAGACUAGUUAUCGUGAUCGUGAACAUUUGAGAGAAAUGGAGGCAAGGUUCAAAGAUUACAAGCCGGACAUUAACCUGGAAUACGUUGACGAAUUCGGCAAUCAAUUGACGCCAAAAGAGGCAUUUCGACAAUUGUCUCAUAAAUUCCAUGGAAAAUCAUCCGGUAAAUCCAAAACAGAGAAACGUCUCAAAAAGUUGGAAGAAGAGCGUAAAUUGAAAGCAAUGAGUAGUAUAGAUACUCCAUUAAACAUGUCAACUGCUUUGCAAGAAAGACAAAAGGCCAGCGGAAGUGCACAUGUGGUGUUAUCCGUUGGUAAUCGAGCUGUUGUGCCCCCAAGCGUGGUACCAACCUACGAUUCCAAAUCUUCGGGCUCUUCCAAAGUACCAUCCGGAACCACUUCUGUUAAUAAUACCAGUAUUAUCACCGUCAAUGGGGGUUUAACUGGUCAGAGCAUGAAUGCACCCGAGCGAGAGAAGGUAACAUUUGGAUUAAAACGCAAAGCAGAAAAUGAGGCCGAGAAACCUUCCAAGAAAGCAAAGGAUCAAUGA